CUGGCCAACACGGUGAUAUCUAAUCAACCAAUUUCAGUGUCACCUCCGUUAAAAAAGGACAUCAGUGACAAUGAUGAUUCUCAUAUGGAAUCCAUCAUGUGUAAAAACUGCGGAAAAUGUCAGUGUUCAGCAUGUACAGAUCCACGAGAACUACCAACUCGAUGGUGCUGUGGGGAAACCUGUGAAUGCUCGGCUGAGAAAAUUAUAGACACCACAACAUGUUUCUGUGCAGUGAAAUGUGCAUUUUAUCAUUGUGGUGGAGGUGGCCAGGAUGACAAUACAUGUUACGAGGAUCCAUGUGCGUGUGGACCUCCUCAUUUUUGGAAGCGAUGGAUUAGCAUGUCGGUGAUGUCGCUUUGCUUUCCAUGUCUCUGUUGCUACUGGCCGGAGAGAUUGUGUCUGAAAGCUGUAACGUCUUGCUACAAUAGAUGUCGUAAAAAAGGGUGCCAAUGU